UCGAACUGCUGGAACGCAAUGUUGCUUAGAGGAAAAAUACUACUAUUGACCUUCGGACUGGUCCACAUUUUCGUGGGCGCGAAUCCCUAUUUCAUAUUUCCAUCAGCAAAAAAUGCAAUGGAAAACUAUGGAAGAUCUCUUGUCAUAAACGCUUCAGGAAUUCUACUUUUCGGAGUUUUUAUGGCGAAAAAAGAACACAGACCAAAUAUUAUUUUAAUUUAUCUUAUGGCAGCUGUGGUUUUAAAUGUAAUAUUGAUCGCUGAAAUAAUUCAUGGCUGGUAUGAUAUUUUGUCAUUUUAUUAUAUAUACUUCUUUGUUAAUGCAAUCAUGGCAGCUUUAACUUACAAAGUCUAUAAUGAGCAGACAAAUGAAUCUCCAAAAGAAGAAGAAAAAAAUAAAAUGUGUGAGCCUAUGGCCGUAGAGGAUUCAAAACCACCUCCAUACGAAGUCAAGAGUCUCAGAGUUCAGAUUGUUUGAGGAAAACAUUUUCAUUACAGAAAAAUUAUCCCAACAUUAACAACUUGAUCCUAUUUUUGCGUUAAAUAAUGCUUAUUUUCUCUUGGUGAAGCUAAUAUUACAACCAUUUAACAAAACUAGUAUAAAAUAAAAAUAUAAAAAUAUAAUUUCUAAUAAUAUUUUAU